GGGGGACACAAGUGUGUGUGUGUGUAAUGAGUUGUUAAGCAACAUUGUGAGUUCCUCUUUGAGGUUUGAUCUGUGAGCAGAAAACAUCAUCAUCAUCUUCAUUAUCGGCAACCAGGUCCAACAAGAUGGCUGAUGUGCGCUGGCGGUUGUUGGCACUUAUUGUGGUUGUCAUGGCAACAAAGACCCAGGCCAUCGACCAGAACUUCCUUGCCAAAAUUGUUGAACAAGUCUUCCAAAGGCUUCACUUGGAUGGGGAACAGCACAAGAUCAAGCUGCCCAUGUUCAGUCUGACCGUGCGUGUCCCCAAGGGUCGUAACGGUCAAUAUGACGUCUCCGCCAUACCUGACCCGGGUGACAACAUCAAGAACGCCAUCCUGAAAUGCCGCGUCUACGAGGACGAGCACGUGGUGGCCGCCACCCUCCUGCGGUGGCCCGACGUGCUCACCAUGUGUCCCAAUGAUAAGGUGCCGUGGGAAGAUGUUCUGAAGGUGUGCAAGCAGUCCUCCAUGACCUGGCAGCAAGUAAAGGAUGAGUGCCCCAACUACAUAUAUGACAACCGAGCGGACCACGCCGAGUACCGCGUUCUGAACACCUUCAAGACGUGGGCGGUUGGCAAGAAGAAGAAGGAUCUGAUGCUCUUCUACGUCUUCGCCUCGCCGUGCACAGACAGAUGCACGCAUGAGAACAGCGCGCUGAACAUCCUCCAGCUGGUGGAGAACAUCAAUCAGUGGCCCCAGCACGUCAUGGUCUUCUCCAAGGUCUUCCAGCCUAAAGGCAAAGACCCCAUCGAGGCCGACAAACUCAAGGCCGCGCUCAGCAAACUGGGAGACCAUCUCGGCAAAGGCGGCCUCGGGAACAUCUUCCGCUGCGACAGGGAGGGGCAGAAGAUGAUGUGUGUAGGCUGUUCCGGCGGGGGGGGGGAGGUCACACCUCACUGCUACCAAAAUGAGCAGGGCAAGAAGACAGACAAAGGAGGCGGGGCCAAGCGUGGGCGCGGCUGAUCUCCCUGGGGGGCGGCGCCGAGGUCGACAUCGACCAAUUGGGCGAGCCGAAAAAAACCAAACGUCUUUUGACGAUCAGCUUUUGCUUCCAUGCUAACGCUAGCAUGCUAACAUUGAUCAACAUGUAAACUUCUGAUUCUGCUCAGCAUUAAAAAAAGCUUUUAGCACA